AUGUCGACCAAGAAAAAGAGCUUGUUGGGUCGGGUGCUCGGAAAGGGCAAGGACGACGAUGAUGGAGGAGGAAAAAAGGGCAAGGGAAAGAAAAGCAAGCUUACAAGGGAGCCUUCUAUUCGGGAGUCGGUCAUGUCCGAACAUCCCCCCACGCUCCAUAGUGCUCAUCCAUCAGAGGCACCUUUACAUUAUGAAGAGGAACAUCAUAUGGGAGGCGCUCCCGUCACAGCUGUGCAUGAUGAUGACCCGUACUCACCAUUUGAUGAAGGCCACUCGAUGAUGCGCGAGCCAAGUGCCAUCCACGUUCGACCGCCGUCCCAUGCAAUGCAAGGCGGUGAUUAUUUUAUGCAACCAAUGAGUGAUAGCCCACGCGGUACGGUCAUAAAUCCUGCCAGUGUUCAUGAGGUACCACUUGAACACGUUGAAACAGCGCACGACUCGAACGUGAUCGCUCUCGGCCACGGCCAGUUUGGUCAUGCGGAGCCACCAGAGCACAUCUCUGUCGCCGGCGUAUCGAGGCAGCCAACGGUGCUCGCGCCUGGCCACGUCGAGACACCCCGCAUGCUCAAACCCGGCGACCAAAUGGAGAUCGAUCCCAGCAAUCCGCCGACUUUUGUCAUUGACGAGGGUGUGACGCUCGAGAUUGGUGACGAGGAAAACGGCUUCAUUCCAUAUGAAGAGUACCUCGCCAACUUGGCGAAGCAACCCCCGAAGCAGACCGGUGGCACCUACAUCGUCCAAGGCGGAGGCGAUGUGGUGAUCCAGGACGAAAAUGGCAACGUUAUCAAGACUAUUCCGGGAACGGGAGCUAAUGCAGGUCGCGGUCCGCCGCAAAUUCACGAAGUAAAUGGAUCCACUAUCCCUCGCCAUUUGAUCCCAAUUCUUGUCCCACUCACAAGGUACAAGCCUGCGAAACCUGUGCACAGUCAACCUCAGAAGCACAAGAGAAAGCGACUGAUCUCAAAGUUGUCGCUGAAGCCGACAUUGUCAGGGAUCGUUCCAGUCGAUCCGCUCGACUCUCUUCGCGAGCCAGUUGAAACACCUUCAUUUGGAUCGCUGUUCAGUAUCAUUCAACCCAAGGCAGUAGAGACCGUUCCAACCGCUCCAACCGUUCCAACAGCUCCAGUAGUCUCAACGGUUCCGGCGACUCCCGCAGCUCUCGAGGAAGCCGAGCUUCCACAAGAGGCGCACGUAGUAGUAGCUGAGCCGGCGCCUCUAGAGCUAGAGGUUGUCACAGAGCCAGCCCCUGUACCAGAAGAGCCAGAAGCGAUUGUAGAAACCGCAAAACAACCUACUACAGUCGACGCACCUACAAGGCCAAUUCCUCUUAUACCAGAGGCGACAGAAGUCUCGUUCUCCGACGUGUCUCCCACAGCUGAGCUUCUAGAGCAAAGCCUAAGGAGGAGCCAUCAUGAAGAUCCACCAUCUUAUGAAGCCCCCAUGGAGUCUCCUGGGCUAUUCGAAGACGAUUUCGAUGCACUGGAAGACGCCGAUUCCGACAUUGCACUCUUCAGCAGGCCACCCAACUUUCACAUUAACACUGCGCUGGCCGCAGCAAACGGGACCAAGGUGUUCAAGGAGCCUCCAUCGCCUUGUACACCAGUCGAAGAGCUAUCGGACAUGUCCGAGGUCAUUUUGUCGCCCAAGAUGAGUCAACUCGAAACGCCGCAUUCUCGAACCUCUAUGGCCUCGUGGAAUGCGUCCAUUCACAGACGCACUCUGUCCAACACGAGCACGUACAACGGGAGCAACGCCACGACAUCGCCGACAGACAAGGAAAACGUCGACCCGUUACAACGACUCGUCUCGACGACUGUCCCUCCACCAACGACACCCGUCCCUGUCCGCCGCACAUCACCGACCCUGACGCAUUCGAGCGAGGCGAAUCUCACACCACCAGCGUCCCCGGUUCAGCUCUCACAGACAAAGAUGGAGCACCCGACUCCGCCCGCCUCUCCGCCACCACCUCGACCUGUUCGCUCGCCCAAUCGUCCUUCCCUCACGUCCCGAGGGAAUACUAUUCCAACCCUCCCUCUACCUCCACCGAUGGUUGUACUUCGCCAAAACGUCCGAACCUCGACGGCUCCCAUCCCAAUUCCCGGUGCACAAGACCGCCUAGCACCUCAACAACGCAUCAAUGCUUCACCAAAGAUACGCGCAUUGGUUGAACGGUUCGAGGGGACUCCGCCAGAUCGCCAGUUUUCGGAAGAUGCGUUGAUUGGAAGCAGCCGUUCUGUCACACCAAGCAGAAGAGGAAGCGGAUCGUCUUCAAUGUUACCUAGGAUGGAUUACAAUGCACCCUGGUCGUAUACUCCACCCCCCAGUAGGCCUGAUACCCCGAAUUCGCUCUCAGAGAUUAGCGAGCGCCUUUUGGUAGAGAGACAGCACUUUAGGACGGAACAUACCACGGUUUAUCGGGAAGAGACCACUUGGGAACUCCGCCAUACUCCUCCACAACGUAGCAAUUCGUACAUCACGUCCAGAUCACACAUGGUCCAGGCUAUUCCUGGAUUGGACGUUCAGCCUGGUUUGCUCCGCGAGCUGAGCCAAAAGAGGAAGAGGACGAUCGAAUAA